GUUUGUUAUACUCUUUUCAAUGGAUUCCAGUCGAUCGAUAUUAUUUGAUCAAUCAGUUGGCGGUCAAACACACGAUCAAAAUGAGAAAACAAUUGAUGAGACGAUUGCCGACACAAUUGAUGAGACCAAUAGUGGUCAAAACGACAGUCAAUCUGCCGAAACAAUUGCUGAGCAAAGAAUCGGUGCUUUGGAUGACACUAUUGAUAACCCCAUUGAUGACACUACCAGUGGACAACCCGAAAGUCGAUCGGACGACAAUACUGUCCCAAUAGUCAAUGAUAUCGAUGAUAACUCUACCGAAAUCGGUAUCAAUAGUAAUGCCAACAUUGUUGACAAAAAUGAUGGUACAGUCGGCGAUACAACUGGGGAUAUAUUUGGUGAUCAAAGCGAUGACUCAGUUGACCAUCGAUUGGUGAUCGAUAUCGACAGAGAUAGUCAUAAUCGAGUCGUCAGUGUUGUUCAAUCUGUUAUUGACACGACUGUUCAUUCAGACACAGAUACCGUACAGCACUAUAGAGUAUCAGAUAUCGGCGCCGACUAUAGUAAUCCUAUUAUUGCUGUUAACGAUACCAACGAUGACAAUGGUUUGUCUGUAAAUGAGGCCAACAACGGGAUACCCAUUAAUACCGAUACCGAUGGCCAGUGUUUGGGUACUACAAGUGCUGAGACUUCUGACAACACACAACUACGGACACCCACUCGUAUUCAAUCAACAACAGGUUUACCAGAAUCUCCGACUCUGGAGGACUUGGAUUCACUCAAUGAUGAAAUGUUCGCAUUGGCCGUCAAUAAGUUAGGAACGUGUGGACGCAAUUUUGGUAAAUGGAUGACUCGUUUCAGUAAUGCUUCCGCCAAAUGUAUUGAAAUGGCCAGCAGUCAAAUGUCUGGACGGGUUAGUACUUCAAUUGAUAACUUUAUAGCUGAACCCAUGGACGACACUGACGUCUCAAUGGACCAAUCGGGUGAUGAAUAUCUCGAUAACAGAGACACUGGCAAUAAACGUAAGCGUAUGAAUUCUGGAGUACAGGUAUUAUCUAUUUUAGUUGAUUAUUAGAAAUGUUGUUAUAAUUAGUUUCUUUAGCAAAAUAUCUGCAAUCGUUGUCCUCAAUUGACAGCUGAUGUCAAUAGACUUCACUUUGAAUUACAAGAGUCACUUAAUAUAGUCGAGUCGUAUAAA